CUAGAACCUCCACCCUAGAAGUGAUCGGGGCUCCUCAUCCAUUUCGCGCUACCACCUCCAGGGAACGUUGCUGGGCAUGGCUGGCACUUGCUUGCAGUUUUUUGGGUUCAUCACAAGUUUUGUCGGCUGGAUCGGGGUGCUCAUUGCCACUGCUACAAAUGACUGGGUAUUGACCUGCGACUACAGCAUCAACACAUGUAGAAAGUUGGAUGAGCUCGGCUCUAGAGGACUUUGGGCAGACUGUGUCAUCGCCAUAGGACUGAUUCACUGCAAACCACUGGCUGACAUCCUAACCCUGCCUGCUCAUAUCCAGGCAGCCCGUGCCCUAAUGAUAACAGGCUCUUUACUGGGGCUUCCAGCCGUCUUCCUGCUUCUCUCUGCCAUGCCCUGCAUCCGAAUGGGCCAUGACCCUGGAACAGAGAAACACAAGCGCUUUCUGUUGGGUGGAGUGCUUAUCGUCAUUUUGGCAUUGAGUGCCAUCAUGGCCACCAUAUGGUAUCCUGUGGCCACUCAUAAAGAAACCACCAUUGUGACUUUCGGAUACUCUCUAUAUGCUGGAUGGAUUGGAGCGGCAUUUUGUUUGUUUGGUGGAAUAGUCAUUGUCUGCUGCACAGGAGAGUCUCAGGCCUUCAUGGAAAACCGAUUUUAUUAUUCAUCUCAAGGGUCUGGUUCCCCAACCCAUGCCAAGAGUGCCAACGUGUAGUAAUAAAGUAGUCAGACAAAGCUGACUCCCCGAGGCUGUCAGUAUAACAUUGCUGAUGGACGAUGAUAACAGAUGUGCCUUUAUUUGCAGUGUAAGUGCCAUAAAAUGGUGAUUAAGUAGUAUUUUC